UGCCAAACACGAGUCGCACGUAAUUUGUGGUGAAAAGCAAAACAAUCGCAACAUUUGUCUUCAAUUUGUUUGCAAUCCAUUUGAAGAUAAUGUCAAACCUUUUGAGGACAUGUUUGCGGCCGAGACUGUGGGCCAACCACUGGUCCAAAGCAGUGGUCGCCAAACACUCGGCCAACACGUGUGUCAUUCAAAGGACGUGUAAUCGUCUCAUCAAUACGUCGGACAAGAAGAAGGGACACGACUCUCAUGACUCCCACGACCUGCACGACGGCUCCAUCCCGUCCUUCGUCCCCGGGUUUAUGGACCCCCAGCCGAAGGGGCCGCAGACGGUCCGCGAGUUCGCGGACGUGGAGUCGCAAAAGAAUUGGCUGACCUUUGGCUGGGAUAUCGGGAACCGCGCAGAGGACCGAUUCAUCAAUCGCUGGGCUUUCUUCUUGAUCGUGACGAUGGGCGCAGUCAUUGUGCCCUAUAUUAUCAUGUAUUACCCGGACUACAAACUGUACGACUGGUCGGUGAGAGAGGCGUACCUGGAGUUGGAUCGACGCGAACGACUGGGCCUUCCGUUGAUUGACAAGAAUCUGAUUGAUCCCAAUCUACUGGAGUUGCCGUCGGACGAGGAGUUGGGCGACACAGAGAUCUAUAUCUAG